GGCAUAGCGGUGGAUGUGCGGCGUAGUAAAUGCGAUCCUGACGACAACGUUCUGCUUAUGAUAUCGCGGAGAAAAGAAAACAGGGAGAGGCGGUGCUGGAACUGCUAGCGCAUAUCUGGUGGAUUAUUUCUAAACAGAUAUCUGAGAUUUUUGUCGUCGGGGAUAUGUGCAUGCAGUAGCUUCUUUUUGUAGUAUAUAUAUGUAAUUCUCAAAUCCACGGUGCAGAGUUGAAUGAGAUGAGCCUACUGGGUGGCUAUAAGAAAAAGACCUGCAGUUACGAUGGCUAUGAAUCUUUACAGUUGGUCGAUAGCAGCGGUAACUUCAAUAACGGGGGAGGGAGAGGCGGCGGCUCGGUAGCAGCAACCCUAGGCGGACCGAAGGCAGGCCCACUGCGCGAGGACGACUGCAGCACCAUGGACAGCUCAGGUCCUCCAUCUCCAGAUAUGGAUGCCAACUAUGGCGGAGGGCUGCUGGAUAUGGUGAAAGGCGGAGCCGGCAAGUUCUUCAGCAACUUCAAGGACAACCUGAAGGACACACUCAAAGACACCUCCACUAAAGUCAUGCACCAGGUGGCCACGUACACAAAAGGAGAGCUGGACAUUGCCUACAUCACAUCACGAAUCAUAGUGAUGUCAUAUCCUGCGGAGGCGUUGCAGAUCGGCAACCAGAACCAUGUGGAGGACAUCCGCUCUUUCUUGGACUCACGGCACGCUGACCACUACACCGUCUUCAACCUGUCACAGCGCAACUAUCGCGGCGCCAAGUUCUCCAACCGGGUCUCGGAGUGUAACUGGCCGCCCCGCCAGGCUCCCAGCCUGCACAAUCUGUUUGCGGUGUGUAAGAACAUGCACAACUGGCUCAAACAGAACCCCAAGAAUGUGUGUGUCAUCACCUGCUCGGAUGGGCGUGCUCCCUCGGGUGUGCUGGUCUGUGCCAUGUUCUGCUUUUGCCACCUCUUCAGCAACCCAGUGCCCGCCAUGCAGCUACUCAGCGCCAAGAGACCCGGCUCAGGCCUCUGGCCCUCGCACCGGAGGUACAUAGGCUAUGUGUGCAGUAUGGUAUCAGAGAAGCCCUCCCUGCCCCACUCAAAGCCCCUGGUGGUCAAGGCGGUCACCAUGAGUCCAGUACCCUGCUUCAACAAACAACGCAUCGGCUGCAGACCUUUCUGUGAGGUCCUCAUAGGGGAGACUAAGAUCUUCUCUACGGCACAGGACUAUGAGAGGAUGCGAGAGCACAGGGUCCAGGAUGGGAAGGUGGUCUUCCCUCUAGGUGUGAAUGUCCAGGGUGAUGUGGUCAUCUCUGUCUAUCAUAUGAGAAACACCAUAGGAGGACGACUGCAGGCCAAGGUGUCCAACACUCAGAUACUCCAGAUCCAGUUCCACACAGGCUUCAUCGCUCCAGGGACAAGCGUGUUAAAGUUUACAAAGCCGGAGCUGGAUGCGUGUGACUCUCCAGAGAAGUACCCACAACUGUUCCAUGUGUUGGUGGACAUUGAGGUGGAGGGUACAGACAAGCAGAAGGACCUGACCCCUCCCUGGGAACAGUUCCCUAAUAAAGACCUGAUCCCCAACGUACUGUUCUCAUGUCACCAAGAGCACCAGGACGCCCUCGCCAUCGCAGAGCCAAGCCGGUCCCACAGUGGUUCAGACAGUCGCCCUCACGGGGAGGACAGUGAGCCGUCUGAUGAUGAGAUGCUGUCCCUGUCCAGCCAGCAGAGCAACGCUAGCGGAGAGCGACACGGAGGGGCUCAGGCUGGCCCCAGGGGCCCCAAGAGACCAGAGCAACCUCAGGCCCUCGCCACUGCUCCUCCUCCCCCAGAAGAAAUGGACCUCCUGGGCCUGGAUGGGGCUGCUGUGAACCCCCUGCCCCAAACCCCAGCCCCCCACCACCAACACCACCACGGACCUCCUGGGGGAUCUGUUUGGAGCCUCCCCCCAGCCCCCGCCUGGGAGUGGGCCCGCCUCGGCCCAGUCCACCCCCCAGAAAAUAGCCCCUCCCUCCACCUCCCCUUGCCCCUCCCCAGCAUUCGACCCAUUUGGGGCGGGUCCGAUGCCCAAGCCCCAGGAGCUGAUGGGUUCCUUCCGGGGUCCACCAGCCUCCUGCAUGCAGCUCGCUCUCCGUCCCCCACUAUGCAGAACACUGGCAAGGGACGGAGCUCCCCAGUCCCGCCCACCACCCCUGUGGUCACCAUUCAGCAGCCUCCCAACGCCAUGGGAGGAUGGGACUGGAACAAGUCUGCAGCUCCAGGAGGGGGUUUUGGUAUGGGCAGUAGGUCAGCCAGCACCAGCCCUACCGGAUCAGUCCACAGCACCCCCACACACCAGGUCAAACCCAAGACCCUGGACCCAUUUGCUGAUAUUGGAAACCUGGGGGGCAGUCUGGGAGGAGGCUCUGGCUUCUCCAGUAAGCCUACCACCCCUACAGGCACCACCCCUGCCUUCCCACCCAUGGGCUCCCCUUCACGGCCUCCUCCCUCGCCCCAGCACGGUGGGGGCUGGCAGGCUAACACAGGCUUCCCCUCGUGGCAGCCCGGUGGUGGCGGUGGUGGAGGGCAGGCAGGGUGGCAGCCCCAACCCCAGGGUCAGGGUGGCCCACCCUCCCAGCCCAAACCCAGCCCCAGCCACUCCAUGCCGCACACCUCCCCCUCCAACAGACCCAACUACAACAUCAGUUUCUCUGUCAUGGGAGGAGGGGCUGCUCCCAAUGCAGCCGGGAAACCACAGCCCAACAUGGGCACCAAGCCCAAAGUUGCAACGGCUAACUUCGACGACCUGCUGUCUGGCCAAGGUUUUGCUGGAGCCAAAAAGAAGGAAGGUCCCAGGACAAUAGCAGAGAUGAGGAAGGAGGAGAUGGCUAAAGAGAUGGACCCCGAGAAACUCAAGAUUCUGGACUGGAUCGAGGGGAAGGAGCGUAACAUCCGGGCUCUGCUGUCCACCAUGCACACGGUGCUGUGGGAGGGGGAGACCCGCUGGAAGCCUGUAGGCAUGGCUGACCUGGUGACCCCAGAGCAGGUCAAGAAGGUUUACCGCAAAGCCGUGCUGGUGGUCCAUCCAGACAAGGCCACGGGACAGCCCUAUGAACAAUAUGCCAAGAUGAUUUUUAUGGAACUGAAUGACGCCUGGUCAGAAUUUGACAGCCAAGGACAGAAAGCACUCUACUGAGCUGAUAGCAAAAGAGAGAAAGCGAGACAGGGUUGGUGCCCACCCACCCCUGACCCCUCCGUGAACAAUAAUCAAGCUCCCACCAGAUCUGUGACUCCUGUCGCCUUCUCUUCUCUUUACUGACUCCGUCGAGACCUCGCCAGACUAACAGUGUAACCGUGUCAGAAAAAGAUCUGCCGACCCACCUAUCUCCUAUGUAUCUGGUGACAGCACUGUCCAACAAGAACUGUUCAAUGCUGUCCCUACGUGUCCUAGUCCUGAACCAAGCAACGCAGAAUCAUCCAGCUGUCUGUGGAGACACAUCACCAAACAGCGAUACUGUCCACCUAAUACACCCGGACACAGGUGAUAACGACACGCCUGUGGUCACAGUGUGGUUAGUCACAGGUGAUAACGACACGCCUGUGGUCACAGUGUGGUUAGUCACAGGUGAUAACGACACGCCUGUGGUCACAGUGUGGUUAGUCACAGGUGAUAACGACACGCCUGUGGUCACAGUGUGGUUAGUCACAGGUGAUAACGACACGCCUGUGGUCACAGUGUGGUUAGUCACAGGUGAUAACGACACGCCUGUGGUCACAGUGUGGUUAGUCACAGGUGCUGUGUAACAGCCAGGAUAUGACUGUAUGAACUAUAAUCGCCAAGGAAGAUGUUUUAUCAAUGUUUUACUGGUAAAUAACAACAAAAGAGACUCAGUGUUUGAAAAAAGCACAACUGGCUGGUUUUUGUUUUUAGAAAGGUGCAGUACGUCAUUAGGUUAGUCUGGUGACUCGUCUGCAGCCUAUAGUCACUCUAAAGGUACUCAUUCGCGUCUUUACAGCCACUGUCCGGUGUCUACAGUCUCAUAGGAACCAGGGUGUAAAAUAUAUCAUAGAAUAAUUCCAUAUCACACUACUGUACUUAUCUAAGAACCAAACUGCUGCUGCUAGUGUUUCCAUCGGGCUCAUCAACGCCAUUAGUCGUGUAUUUACUUGUAAUGAUGUUAACUUAUUCACUUGUACUAUCGGAUGUUUGUGUCAUACUGUGGCGCUUAUGUCUAUGUUGAUCCCUCCCAAAGAAGAACUGGUGUUUUAUUUUGGAGAAUGUUCCAGUGUGGUACAGUGGGGGUCUUUUUUCUGUCCCUCUGCUGUCCCUCUCGGAAGCCUUUGCCGUUGACCCGCGAGUGAACUGACGUUUUAAUCCAAGGCCACAUGUCACUGAUGUCGUUUGCAGAUGGGUGUUUCAAAAUAUGGGAUCUGGUGUAGGACAAAUAACGCAUCAAGCAAUUUUAUGUUCAUGUGCUUCAGCUAAGAGCCCCCCUCCCGUUUAUUUGAAGCAUAUAUUUUCUGCAUGCACUGACUGGGACUGACUUAUUGAAGACUUGGACUUUAUUUUACUGCAUAUGGUGGCACAUCAUUUCAUAAUACAUGCUCACGAUACUGCCGUUUUGUCUGACUAUACUAUCCAGACCCCAACAUGGAGCCAUCUAUCCCUCAUCUGUGUGUCAGCACUCUGGAAGGAUUUCAUACAAUACCUGACAUGUACAACCAUGUCUUAACAUACCGAAAGCUGCAUAAUCAAUGUUUCAGCAAGCCUUGUUCUCUCUUUAUCUGUGUGGACCAUUUCGCUAAACGAGAACAAGAGAGACACUGCACAUCUAUUUCAUCUGAUACAACCACUCACUUGUUUUUUUUUCUCUUUUCUCUCUGCUUGUAUACUGACACUGAUACUCAACCCUUUCCUGGGUUCCAUCCUUUGUGAAAUGGCACCGCCUGGGUUGUGGACUAACGUGUGCACUGACUGACCACUGAGCAGUGCAGAACUAAAGAGACUUGUCUGUCCGCUGUAGGCUAAGAUGCUUUUUCUGGUGACUAUACCAAUGGCAGGAGUUGUGGCUGUGUAGUAUGUAUGUAUGUAUGUAUGUAUGUACACUGAGGUUGUGUGUGUGUUUGUGAGAUAAGCCCUAUAUGCUCCCUUGCUGAUUGAAAUCUCUUGUCUACCUGCAAUCUUAAGGCAAUGUUAAAACGCUAAACCUCUCUAUAUAGUGGACGUGUGUUGUUGAAACCGCUGCACGUACAUGAGGACGACUUGGAUACAACUACUGUGUGUGUUUGCUUGUCUGCUGUAAAAGCAUUACUACUAAAAAAGUGUUGACUUCUGUUUCUGUGUUUCUCUUUGUGGGUUCUGUUUACCCUCACAGGAUGUACAUAGUGAUGACGUGAUGAGGUGCAAUGCACAAAUAAAUAGAGAAGUAGAA